GUAGAACAAGCGCUAAUGCCCAUGCGCGCUCUGCAGAGGACGUUGUCAUCCUCUUAUCCCUCUCUAUAUAAACAUUCCUCAGCAUCCAUCGAUUGAUCCAUUCUGUCAGUUUUCCUGCAGAUGAAACAUUCGGGGUUGUCGUCAAAGGAGACGAUGUCCUCCACUGUCCUAUUCACUGCCCUUUUUGCCCUUCCUCUCGCUGUGGGUUGGGUUGUACUGGGUGAAAAAGAAGAAGCCCAGAGUGUGUGUUCCGGGAAGGAAUUUCGUCUGCCUGUGUACUCUACAUCCAGAAUGGUUACUUUUACGCCAAACUCAGAGGGAGAGAGACGCACCUUGCUGGACAGGACAAAUGUGAAGGACCCACGGUUCGAGUGGACCAGAGAUAAGAUGCUAGUCCUGAAAGAAGUGACUCAUGAUGAUCAGGGACUUUAUUCCAUCAAACUUGCCUCUGGAUUCACCUAUGAGACUGUUCGAUUGACUGUUUCAGAAUGCAUCAAGUCUUACAACAGAAACUAUGGGGAAAACUUUGAGUACCAAAUCCCUGAAAAUGGUUCCUUGCUGGAGUUUUUACCCAGGGGUGCUCCACCUGAGGCCAUGCCCGUUGUUCUGUGGAACAAGACAGACCUGGCGACCAGCAAUGUGGGGCGAGGGCGGCUGCUGAGGGGCGGGAAGGUCUGGGUGGCAGAGAGAGUGAGGCAAGCUGACCAGGGCAAUUACACCAUCAGGGACGACAAGGGGAAGGCCUUGUCCCGCAGCACCCUCACUGUCCGCGGGCACUCCUUCAAUGUCACCCGCUUCACCAGGGAGUCUCUAAACCUGCCCCUCUUUCUUCCUGUCCCUCAUGCCCAUCUCAUUUUUACCCCCCACCGAUACCCUGAUGAAUCCUCCCUGGGCCCCUUUGACCCUAAGCCUCCCCGAGGCCCGGUGCAGCUGAUCCGCGAGGGCCACAUAACGGACUACGACAUGCGCUACAGGGGCCUUAUCUCUCUUGGUAGAAAUGGCAGCAUCAAUGAAGUCGUCAUAGCAAGGCUGACCUCAAGGCAUGAUGGCGUCUACGAAAUAAGAGACGGAGAUGGAAACCUGGUAUCCUCCACUAUGUUGCAGGUGAUUGAAAAGGGAGGCAGAUGGCGAGCGCUUCUCAAAUCCAUCACAGUUCCUUCGGGUAUGUUAGUAUCACUGGCUGGUUUCUUGCUCUUCAUGAGGAGAUACCCGAGCUGCAGCCUCUCGCAUUUCAUCGCUAGCCUCAGAGCAAACCGCCCGCUCCCAAACAACCCUCCAAGGGUCAACAUCCAGGACUACAGCCAGCCCAGCCCUCAGCCGUCCUCCCUCUACGGUCACGCUCAGCAUCCUGGAACACCAAGAAAGUGGACCCCAGGAGCCAGUCCCACUCACACUGGUUAUAGUCCAGUUAUGGCGGAAACACCAAGAUCUCAGAACCAAGAAGCAAACAGGCUCACACCUCGGAGCUCCCCUUGUCAUAACUCAACCCCUGAGCAGGAUACAUCUAAUGAAGAAGAGAGGAGGAUUUCCUUUUCUGUGCCCGGGGCGUCAGACUGCCUCCAUUCCUCUGAGGACUGUGCCCAAUUCCAGAUCAAAAAAGAUGGAAACAAAGAAAGAUGGAGCAAAACACAAGAAUACUUUUCAACACUGCCGCUGGACACUGACACGUCGGAGUCCUGCAGCGUUUAUACUUCUGAGAAACUAAACUUCUUGUAAAAAGGAAAAUGGAACCGGAACCAAGAAAGGUAGGAGAGAUAAGACAUUGAGAAACCACAAAGUGGAUUCUCAGGUGGAGAGACAGUGAUGUGGAAAAGUGAGACCUCACUUGUGCCUUCUUGUAUUUCAGCCUAAAUUUAAUGGCUUGGUACCAAUAUUGCAUGUCAUCUUAGCAUUAGCUGUUGUGUUUCCUGUUACAUAUUUCCUCACACUGUUGAUGGUGCUCCGAAAACCUUCCUGCUGUUUCCUACCUCCAGACCCUCAGGACCAAUGUUAUCUGCACUGUAUUGCUGAGUAUGUGUAUGUCUGUGAGAAGAAUGUGGCCUCUAGAGCUUUGUAGAAAUACGAGUUGUGAUACAAACAUGUGCAAAAGGGAAUUCUUAAGUACUGUACAGUUACAGAGAUGUUUUUCUCCAUCAAUCAAGUCAGCCGCUCCUUACUGCAUCACCGCUUAAUAAUCAAGUUUGUUCUGCAGUUUCAUGAUAUAUAGUAUUAGUCCCUCAAGGUAAUAUGAAUGCUAAUUUGUACAAAAUGUUCCUCUCCCAUUACGUGUUCUACCAAAUAUUGCAGUAGGUCAUUAAUCUGUGAACUUCGUGUACAGGAUGAGGACUCAGUACCAACCAGUAUUUCUAAUGACAGAGAGGUUGAACUGUAUCUAGAGACAUUUUAGGAUUACUCAAAUGUGUUCGCUUUAAGAAUAAAAUGUAUCUUUCACACACA